GUAGGCACCUGUUACUCACUUGCCCGCUGGUAGAAUAGUUAGGCAGACGCUGCAAUCUCUUAUUAUUCGAAAAGCCGGCCGGUUAGUUAUCCGAUUCGUCCGCAUAUUCAUCCACGCGAGUGCAUAUUCAUUGCCAAAAUGUCCGAACAAGAGAAUACCGCCUCGGCAGCAACGAACGAGGAACAAAAGAACGGCGAAACAGCGUCCGCCGAAAACAAAGAAGUAACCGAAAAUGGCACUAACGAUUCCGCCGAACCUGUUGCAGAAACGGAAAACGAAAUGCCGAAAAAAGAAAUGAGGGCAGUCGUUUUGACCGGCUUCGGAGGCCUGAAGUCGGUUAAAAUAAUGAAAAAACCAGAACCAACCGCAAACGAAGGAGAAGUUGUAAUUAGAGUCAAAGCUUGCGGUCUUAAUUUCCAAGACUUAAUGGUUAGACAAGGGGCCAUUGAUUCUCCACCCAAAUGCCCUUUUAUCCUGGGAUUUGAGUGUGCCGGGGAGAUAGAGCAAGUCGGCGAAGGCGUCGAAGAUUUCGCAGUCGGAGACCAGGUUGUAGCGCUUCCAGAAUACCGAGCAUGGGCCGAGUUGGUGUCCGUCCCCGCGAAAUACGUCUACAAACUCCCCAAAGGGCUGUCCUAUCUAGACGCCGUUACUAUCACUAUGAAUUACACGGUUGCCUACAUCUUGUUAUUCGAAAUUUCCGGCCUCUCUCGCGGAAAGUCCAUUCUUGUCCAUUCCGUAGGAGGUGGAGUGGGUCAAGCCGUUGCUCAAUUAGCAAAAACUGUGCCGGAUGUCACAAUUUUUGGUAUUUGCUCCAAGAGCAAACACGAAGCGCUAAAGGAAGCAAAAUCACCCGUAGAUCAUUUGCUCGAAAGAGGGACUGACUAUGUCAGUGAGGUCCGAAAGGUACUACCGGACGGAGUGGAUAUCGUAUUAGAUUGUUUGUGUGGAGAAGAAUGCAACAAAGGCUAUAAUUUGCUAAAGCCAAUGGGAAAAUACGUUUUGUAUGGUUCAUCGAAUGUCGUAACAGGAGAAACCAAGAGCUUCUUUAGUGCCGCAAGAGCAUGGUGGCAAGUUGAUAAAGUCUCGCCGCUAAAACUUUUUGACGAGAACAAAACUUUAGCCGGAUUUAAUUUGCGCCACUUGAUGUACCAACAAAAUGGUGCUGCUUAUGUUAAAGAUACCGUCAACAAAGUUUUCCAAUUAUUCCAAGAGGGCAAAAUCAAACCUUUGUUGGAUUCAACGUGGGCCCUUGAAGAUGUCGCCGAAGGCAUGCAAAAAAUGCACGAUCGCAAGAACAUCGGUAAAAUUAUCUUAGACCCCAGCAUGGAGCCAAAACCAAAACCAGCAACGCCUGCUAAGGGUAAAGACAAGAAGAAACAGUCAUCAGAAGAGAAAAAAGAGAAUGGCGAGAAAAAAGAAGAUGAUAAGAAGGAGGAAAAGAAAGAGAAAGACGAUAAGGAGAAAAAGGAAGAAUCCGUCACAAACGGCACAGGAGAGGCAGGCGACACUGGUAAGAAUGAAGGCAAAUAGGAUUCCAAAGAAAAAGAAAGCUCCAGUUAAUUUCCUUCAAAUAUUGUCGUCAAAUUUUGUUUCGGCUGAAGUAAUUUUCUUGUGGUAAACAAAUAACAAUCAUAAAUUUUUUUGGUAAUUACAGAUCAGCAGGGAUCUCAAUCUAACAACGUGUUGCUGUGUUAAAUUUGAUACCCUUAUAUAAUGUAAACCAUAUAUGCCAAUAAGACCACAAUAGUAUGAUGAUAUAUUAUAACAUUUCCAGUGCUUUUUUUAACCUGUGCCGAUUUGUUAAGUAUUUGUUGUCUUGAUAAUUUAUGUCUUGUAUUAUUGCGUAAAUUACUUUGUAGAUUUUUUAUUUUAUUACUUUUAUAAUUUCGUGUUGUCACCAUUAGAAUUAAUUUAGCAUUACAUUUUCAUUUAGGGAUUAGAAGACCAGAUACUUUUCACAUUUCAAAACUCUUAAAUAAAGCUUUAAACGGAAUCGACAAACUUAUUUUUAUACAUCUUUCACUAGAUGCUUUAUUUAUAUGUAUAUUUCGUGCUUGAUUUUUUGAAAUAACAUAUCUAAUACUUAUGGACGAAACCAGACCAAAAUGUAGGUAGCGUUUUAUAAAAAGUAUUUUUUCAUGCUUAGUGAAACAAAUCAAAAACGAAUUUUGAUAUCUACUGUACUAUGCUUAUAUUGUAUUUUUGCUAUCAAAGCCAUAUCAGUAGAUUUUUUUGGAUAAAUUUUAUCAAUUUUUUUAUAUUUCUAAUUACGUUUAAAAAAAUUAUAAAUGGAGUGGUCAGAAGAUAGCAACACCAAAAGUCAAAUUUUGUUUGCCUAACGACCUUUCGUAAGAACGUACCGUUUGGUAGAUUGAGGUGUGGCUAUUUUCAAAAACAAAUUUCACAAUUUAAAAAUAAUUGACGCUUUUGUGUAUUUAAUCUCUUUACUGCUGCUCACUUUGUGUAAAAUUGUCUGUGCGCGCAAAAUUCAUUUUGCUAAAGGUACACAUGGAUCGGAUUAAAUUUGCGUGGAAGGUUAAGACGGCUGUUUCAAUUGCUGUUAUAAAAUAUAUUAAAUUGAGCUAAAACAAUGUUAAAUAUCGCUUAAAAACUAUAUGUAAAUGUAAGACUGAUGUGUUAGCUACUGCAAAUAUUGUUUGGAUGCCUGUAUAAUAAAAUUGUAUCAUUACCCAAUA